AUGGCUGCCCCCAGCUGCCCCAGUGUGCCGGAACUUCGUGAAGCGCUCGCGAAGGCCGAAGCUCAGCACGCUGACAACCAGGAAGCCCUGCAAACUGCCGGGCAUCAGGGACAAGAUCUUCUGGCUGAGGAGCAAGUGCUGCGGCAGAGCUUGGAAUCUUGCCGGCAGGAGCUGGAGCAGGCCGCAGAGGAGCGAUCCACGCCCUCUGAGAGAAAGCCACAAGCCAGGGCCCGGCAUGAGCUUGAGCGACUCCAACUUCGGAAUCAGCUCAUGGCAGAGGAGUUGGAGGAGCACGAGAAUGUAAGAUCCCGAUCGAUCACCACGCCACGCCAUCGUCGGGGCAAGUCGCAAAGUGAGGAUGGUCGGAUCCAGCUUCAAGAACUUAACAAGGAGCUGGCAGAGAUCAACACUGCAGCAGAGGAGGCUGCGCGUGGUUGGGCACAGGAGCAGCGGAUGCUGGCUUCGGAGGUUCUGGAGGCGGAGGAAUCCGAGGCCAAAAUGCUGAAGCAGAUGAGAGAGAAGCUAAAGCAAAUCAACGAAAGGAACGAUUUCUUAAAGGAGGAGUUGCGAAGCGAAGAGACCAAGACUCAAGGAAAAACACUUUCUUUGCAGACUGCUGUCGGGCAACUACGUGCAGAGCUGAAGUGCUGGAGCACGAACGGCGGAAGCCCUUCCCACCUUUCCCACUUCCAGAAUCGUGGCCAUGGCUCCAGCGCCGGGAGCGAGGUUUGGAGCGGCCGUGCCUCAGAGAGUUCUUUGGGCUCGGGAGGCUCAGGAGGCUCAGACUCACAAAACUCGGAGUCGCAGGGAGUCGUCCCUAACCAGCGGAAGGCUCGGAGGCGCCCAACCUCCAGCUUUAAGCCUUUGGAGCAAAUGGUCGCCAGACCGACCACAGAGAAACCCCUACGCAGCGAUUACAACGCAACGGACGAGACGGAGGCGACCUCGAGUGCCUCCACAGCACUGCGCUCUUUGCGGAACUCGGUCUCAGGGCUCAUGGACGACGCACUGCUCCGUGUGGGCGAGCUGCUGCAAGACUCGAGCGGCACGGUCAAGGAGACCAAGAUGGAGCCUAUUGCUGAGACAAAGUUCGAGCAAGAGGACUUAAGUGAAGGCUCGGAAGAAACGUCGAAUGGUUUGUGGAAGGGGAGCCAUCGGGAGAGCGCAUCAGCAGCCUUUGCUCAUUUCGGGGCGUUGCUCCAACAGCAAGUAAGCAGCGCGGCAGAGAUGGCAGGGACCGCCAUGCCCAGCCGAGGUUGA